GUUAUUUUCUCCAACAUAUUCUUCGUGUGUCUUAUAUCGUGGAUUUCCAUCCUUCUCUUUCUUCCAAUUCGCUUUCUUUCUUUCGUUUUUCAAAUGAUCAAAGUAUUCGUGUUAUCUACUUUGGUAUAAUGUCUGAUGGAGUUGAAGAUAUCAACUUUUGAUAAUUUUCAUCUUCUUCGGAAGAUUUUAUCCUUUUAUUUUAAUUUUUCAAUUCUUUUGAUAAGUGUGGAAAGUCUUCGUCCACGUGGAAUCGGUCUGAUUCGGCUUCCAUUCGGUGUAUCCGAUCACCGUUCCGGACCGUAUCUACCAAAUUUAUAUAUUGCCGGAAACAAAUUAUAUCAUAAAACUCAGCCAGUACCAGAUGUAUCUCUACCAGGACAAGAGAAACAUUUUUCUGGACAUGCACAAUUAAAUCCGUUCACACAUAUGGUUGCUGUCGGUACUAAUAAUGAUUUUGGAGAUUCAUGGGGAGCUGGAUAUGCUCUUCAGGGUGUCAAUUUUCUUGAUUUAAAUUUAAGAAAAAACUAUAGGCAGUAUGCAAAUAUGCCACAUUUAUUCACCGAUGGACAGCAUCAACCGUUUCAGAAUUCAUUUAUUGUUGGUGCCGAAGUUGACUCUUCAAAGUUCACAAGUCACGCUGUAGCUUUAGAUAUUCCUCUUCCAGGACUUAAUGAGAUGUUUGAUUUUCAAGAAGAAACACUGGAAAAGCACGAUGAAGAGCUCACAGAUAUCUAUCAUACUCGCAUGAAUUUUCCAAUUCCCACGACAAAUCAACGGUUCCCAUUCAAAGCUCACUUCUUCGAACGAAUUAAUGAUAUCGAUCUCAAUAUGGCUCAUAUUAUUCCUAAUCUUAAUAUUCAUGGUAUUGAUCGUGAUAAGAUUGUUGACCAACUUGUUCAAAAUAAAGCAAAUCCAACACUUGUCGGGUAAAGACUGCUAUAUUUCCUUCCAAUUUAUGUCUGUUAGAUUUUAAAAUAUUUUAUUUCUCUGUAAUAAAUUUUUUUUU